UUGAACUUGAUACAAGGGCUCCCAAACCGACUCACAGUUUCCAGUUUCCCCGGCAUAAUUACGGACUCAAGCAAACUGCCGGCGAGAUGAACGACAAAGCCAAGUCUCUUGCGUUGAUCGGCGCCGGUGCUCUGUUAGGUUCCGGCGCCACCGUAGCUCUUCUCAGGCUUCUUCCUUCUUCUAGAGAAGCUACGGUUCAGAGCAGUAAUGAGGCGAAAUCGAAUGGUAAAGCAGUUUUAUAUGCUCCAGCUGCAGAAGACAGUGGUUCUCUAAAAGAAAAAAAUUAUGAGGUGGAUUCUGCUGACCUUUUAAAAGACGAUAUAGUCUCUGAACAGCUCACCAGGAAUAUUCAGUUCUUUGGUUUUGAUGCCCAACAAAAAGUGACAACAUCCUAUGUUGUAGUCAUUGGCCUUGGAGGCGUCGGGAGUCAUGCUGCAUCAAUGCUUUUGAGAUCAGGAGUUGGCAGGCUCCUCCUUGUUGACUUUGACCAGGUUUCAUUAUCAUCUUUAAAUCGACAUGCGGUUGCUACAAGAACAGAUGUUGGCACACCAAAAGCAUUAUGCCUUAAGAAGCACUUCUCAUUAAUUUAUCCGGAGUGUCACAUAGAUGCAAAGGUUCUGUUAUAUGAUAAUUCAUCAGAAGAAGAAAUUCUCUCCGGUGAUCCAGAUUUUGUCUUGGAUUGUAUUGAUAACAUUGAUACAAAGGUGGCUCUUCUUGCUGCAUGUGUACGUAGGGGUUUAAAAGUUUUAUCUGCUACAGGGGCUGGUGCAAGAGCUGACCCCACUAGAAUACGUGUAGCUGACUUGAGAGAAUCCACUAAUGAUCCACUAUCUAGAUCGGUUAGACAACGUUUAAGGAGAGAUCAUGGUAUUGAAGGUGGCAUUCCUGUAGUUUUCUCUUUGGAAAAACCAAAGGCAAAACUGCUACCCUUUAAGGGACCUAAUGGAGAAGAAGAGAAUCCUUCAGAUUAUCAAGUAGUGCCUGGAUUUAGAGUUCGCAUAAUUCCUGUUCUGGGAACCAUACCUGCCAUCUUUGGACAAAUCAUGGCAUCAUAUGUUGUGACACAGCUGGCAGAACUUCAAGUACACAUGGAGCCCAUUGUGAACUUUGAUAUGGAUCAUUACCGUGUCCUACAUCAGCGUCUUAUUGAGCAUGAGGAAAUUAUUUAUGGUACAUCCGUAAACGUUCAGGUAGAUAUUGAAGAAGUGAUGUAUGUUGCUAAAGAAUUGUGGCAUUGUCGAAGCGCAAGAGACCUAACUACAAAAGAAGUCGGGCGUGGAAUGUGGCGUUCUGUUAACGAGUUGAUGCUCGUGAGAUGGGAUAGAUCAAAGCCGGCAUCUGCAUGGAAUCUAAUUCUUCUAAAAUUUACAGAGGCUGACGAACACGAGUCUAGCACACUUGAAGAUAUAAAAGCAAAUGAACCUGAGUUUUUCACAAGGGUAACAUGCACACUGAAGAGAGCGGAAUUAGACUUCUGUCCGUAGAGUCAUUGCAUUUAUCAAGGUGUGUGAUUCUGGGAAAUGUGAUCACUACGAUCAAUUUACAAAGACUACAUUUUGUUUUGAUCGUUCCUUUUUUGCAGCUUUAAGUUGCCAUUGUUUGUAUGGCCUAUAUGCAGCAAAAGUGAUUUUAUAUUUUGUAUACUCGCCUGUUUACGAGGAGCGAGCUAACCCAAACUUGACAGUGUUAUGUUAAGCUCGAACGUGAAUGUGAUUCUACAGCUAAACAUGUCUUUUUUUAGUAUGUAAGGGCUAAGUAAAUGUUUUAAAGAGAAUCAUCUCUAUCAA